UAGUCUGAGCUUUAACUAGUUAAUGAGUCAAGAAAUGAACUAUUUGGUUCACGUCAGCGAGCGAUAGUUAGCUCAGUGGUGAUGCUAAGCUAGCAUAGCCGAGCUGUUUAAUCCGCUUGGCCGCCCACCUGAGUGAGGGGCCGAACCUUCUCUGGCCAUGGGUGACACAGAGCUGGAGCUUUCCCCUUCCCAUCUGGAGGAGCUGCAGAAGAGUCCAUCGGCCUCGUCCACCUCCACUACCUCGUCUCUCUCCCUGCCCUCCUCGCCGUCCUCUGGCCCACGGCCUCUGACCAGCUCCAGCCCUAGUGUCAGCGAAGGCCUGCCUGCUUCUAGCCCUCCGCUGGAUGUUAUAUCAGAGGGUGUUGGUGAGCUGAGUCUGGUUAUUGAUACUGAAGUAGCCAAGAAAGCCUGCCAGGAGGUGCUGCAGAAGGUCAAGUUUCUCAAAGGUGAUGGAGAUACAGCUUUGCCCACUGCUGAGCCUCACCUGGUGAAUGGAACUGAACACUCUGAGCUCUCGGACGGGGAUGGUACUGGAUCAGGGAAGCCUCCGAAGAUCACAGAGGAGGAGGAGGUGCCAGCAGUGGGCACAGUGAAGAGCGCUCGCCGGCGUCACAAAAACAACUCAUCCAAGCAGUCAUGGCUUCUGCGCUUGUUCGAAUCCAAGCUGUUUGACAUUUCCAUGGCAAUUUCAUACCUGUAUAACUCAAAGGAGCCAGGUGUGCAGGCCUACAUUGGCAAUCGGCUCUUCAGUUUCCGAGACGAGGAUGUGGACUUCUAUCUGCCACAGCUGCUCAACAUGUACAUCCACAUGGACGAGGAUGUGGGUGACGCCAUUAAGCCAUAUGUGGUGCACCGCUGCCGCCAGAGCAUUGGCUUCUCACUGCAGUGUGCCUGGCUGCUCGGUGCUUAUUCAUCUGAUAUGCACAUUUCCACACAGAGGCACUCACGUGGCACCAAACUACGUAGGCUCAUCCUGUCUGACGAGCUGAAGCCGACCGGUCAGCGUGCUCGGCUCCACCAGCAGCAGAACCACAUCCUUGGCCCAAACGUGAACGAACACGGCCUCUCGCCCUCAAAGCGCACUCAUCAGCGCUCCAAGUCAGACGCUACCGCCAGCAUCAGUCUCAGCAGCAACCUCAAAAGAACAGCCAGCAACCCGAAAGUGGAAAGCAGCCAGGAUGAGGAUAUGAGCUCCAGCUCCGACAGUCUUGAGUUAGAGGCUGGUACCCCUGUACGUCUGACUCCUCAGCGUGAGUUCAUUAAGUCUCUGAUGGGCAUUGGGAAAAGACUGGCCACUCUGCCUACCAAGGAGCAGAAGACACAGAGACUCAUCUCUGAGCUCUCGCUGCUUAACCACAAGCUGCCAGCCCGUGUGUGGCUGCCCACUGCGGCAUUCGACCAUCAUGUGGUGCGAGUUCCUCACACGCAGGCUGUCGUGCUCAACUCGAAAGACAAAGCACCGUACCUAAUCUAUGUUGAAGUUCUGGAGUGUGAGAACUUUGAGACAUCGAGUGUACCAGUGAGGAUUCCAGAAACACGAAUCCGCAGCACACGAUCCGUAGAGAAUCUCCCAGACUGCGGUAUCACAGCCGAACAGCGUGCCAGCAGCUUCUCUACCGUUCCCAACUAUGACAACGAUGAUGAGGCCUGGUCUGUGGAUGAUAUUGGAGAGCUCCAGGUUGAGUUGCCCGAGAUCCACACUAACAGCUGUGACAACAUCUCCCAGUUCUCCGUUGAUAGCAUCACCAGCCAGGAAAGCAAAGAGCCGAUUUUUAUUGCUGCUGGAGAUAUCAGACGGCGUCUCUCUGAGCAGCUUGCCCACACUCCAACCACAUUCAAGAAGGACCCAGAGGAUCCUUCAGCAGUAGCCUUAAAAGAGCCUUGGCAGGAGAAGGUUAGACGAAUCCGAGAAGGCUCUCCAUAUGGGCAUCUGCCUAACUGGCGUCUCCUCUCAGUCAUAGUAAAAUGUGGUGAUGAUCUAAGACAGGAGCUCCUUGCCUUCCAAGUACUGAAGCAACUACAGGCGAUCUGGGAGCAGGAGCGUGUUCCUCUUUGGAUUAAGCCCUAUAAGAUCCUGGUCAUCUCCUCUGAUAGUGGCAUGAUUGAGCCAGUGGUUAAUGCUGUGUCCAUUCAUCAAGUGAAGAAGCAAAGUCAGCUCUCGCUGCUUGACUACUUCCUGCAGGAACAUGGCAACUACACUACAGAGGCCUUCCUCACUGCACAGCGUAACUUUGUGCAGAGUUGUGCAGGCUACUGUCUCAUCUGCUAUCUGCUGCAGGUUAAGGACAGGCACAAUGGAAACAUUCUGCUCGACUCUGAGGGUCAUAUUAUUCACAUUGACUUUGGCUUCAUUUUGUCAAGCUCUCCAAGAAACCUCGGCUUUGAGACUUCUGCCUUCAAACUGACUAAUGAGUUUGUAGAUGUUAUGGGCGGUCAAGAUGGAGACAUGUUCAACUAUUACAAGAUGCUCAUGCUUCAGGGUCUCAUUGCUGCACGCAAACAUAUGGAGAAAGUCAUCCAGAUUGUGGAAAUCAUGCAGCAAGGUUCUCAGUUACCCUGCUUUCAUGGCUCGAGCACCAUCCGAAACCUGAAGGAACGAUUUCACAUGAGCCUGACGGAGGAGCAGCUGCAGGUGUUGGUGGAGCAGAUGGUGGACGGCUCCAUGCGCUCAAUCACCACCAAGCUGUACGAUGGUUUCCAGUACCUCACUAACGGCAUCAUGUGAAUGUAAAGUGAGAGCGGACUUGAACAUUAUGACUAGGACGACAAAGCUGCACCACUUUCAGAGGCCACUUCCAAGCCCUUUCUCAACCUUUCUGUUUUCAACAUCCAAGCGUGUCUGUACACCAAGACUGGGUUUUUGACCAUGGAUUUUAUACCCUCUCAAGAGGUCUCAGCUGUGAAAUUUUGCUUCGUCCCCCCCCCCCAAAGCCUUCCUCCAGUUUCUUAGUCCUUUCCUUGUAUUGUAUUUGUUUUUCUCCUCAGAUAUCUUUUUGGAAUCUGCUUUUAUCCACGAUUCUAGUGCCUCCUUUGACUGCAUUCAGACUGAAACUGCUUAAAUGUGCUGUGUAUUUACUGUCUUAUGUUUUCCUGUGCAGUUUGGUUUCGGUAUCACUAAUCAUUUCUAUUUUUAGUGAAAAACCUACAGCUUUCACACGCAAUGCAAUCCCUGCUGGGACAACUCAGAAGUGCACAGAGUCCGGUGUUGUUGUGCAUGUUGUGUAAUAUGAGGGAAAGGGGUGUCAACAGCACAGAGCCAUCAGUCGGUUUUGUCUGAUCAGUGUUAUUUUAGCUGCAGUUUGACCGAAGCAUUUACUAAUUUCAAAUCCAGAUGUAAAUGGUAAACUAGUUGCAGCUGGUUGAGAGUCUCUUAAAUUGGCCUCUCAAAGAGGCAGGAAUUGUUUCGUUAAAGCCUUCUAUCUGGCUUUAUUUGACCUUUAAAGCACACCUGCUGUCCAACUUGCCAGGUCCCAGAUAGCCACUAUACUUUCAGCUUCAUAGAAGGGGGGGAAAAAACCCCACUGAUGGACUAAAACAUGAGUGGGGUAUGAUUUUCAACACCUAAUGACAUUUGACUUAGAGAAGAGAUUAACAGUCAAAUUCUAACCAUUGUAAGUAUUAACGUGAUAUGACGGCAAGAGUCAAAACACUAUUUAUUGCUUAUUUACAAUUACUUGCAUUCUCAUGUACAAGGAUGGCUGACUUUCAUUUUGUUUUUGAGCAGAAAUGUAUAAUUCCUUAGCGUGUACAAAUGUACAUAAUAUAUAAAUUUUAAACUUCAAAAAUGUACAUGGACACUCUCUUCUUAACGGAAUGACUGGAGAGCUGUGCGGAAAUGCGUAACUUGGCCACUGAGCAGCUGAGUUACUUGAAAGAGUUUCAUGUUGUUGCUAAUUGGGGUGAGACUGACACUUGUGUAAAUUGAUCAGAUGAUGAGAAACAAAUCUGCAAAUAAAUGGAAGAACCCGGUGAGUUAAGGUUUAGUUUUAGAUUAUUAAAUGCCACUACAUGCAUACAUUUAAAAGUAAUAAUAAUAAUUUAUAAUAAAAUGAUUUAUUAUUAUUGAGCGAGAAACCUGAGCGUUCCAUUAACAAGACUUGUUCCUCCAUUCUUCUGAACCAGUUUUAAUUCACCUUUUUGGAAUGGAAGCCUGGUUUUUGUGAAUUAUUCGACCAUUUUUGAGUAAGCCAUUAAGGAGUCUGUUCAUCUUUGUCUUCACAUUUUUUAUGCUUCUGUUUUUUGCUUCCUUUGUAACUUGUUUGAUGGACCAUCUUUCACGAUCUUGUGAAUGACCUCCCCUAACUUGUGAAUGUUACUUUGUAUAAUAAAUUAAAUGUAUCUCUUUCAUGUCACUGGUGUUAAUGUUGUCCGCUGUAGUACUGCCAUAGUGUUGACUGCACAUGG